UGCAUGACGUUAUAGACACUUAUUUGCGGGCUUUUCUUCUUCUGGUUCAUCACGGAUUUCAUGUAAUGCUGCUGGUACUUCCUCAUAUCAAUUUCUAGGUGGGCAAUGGCUUCUAGGAGAUGCUGGGCUAAUCUUUUCUCUUUUCUCCCUUUAACUUUUGUGUUUUUUUUUUUAUCUUUAUCCUUUUUCUUCUCCUUUGCUUUUUUUCUUUUUCUUGGAUUAUCAGGCCACUUUGUGAUAGAAUUUUUUUUUUUUUUUUUUUCACUAUUCUUAAGCUUUCUUGUAUUUUUUUUUCUUCCUUUCUUUCUUCCUGUUCUUUUUGAUGGCGAAGGGGUGAGGGAUGAGUUGCAAAAAAGGGUUUGCUUUUUCGAGUCUCUGGAAUUUUUGCUCUUGCUUGUCUAAGUGUGUGUGUUUUUUUGUAGUACAAUAUUUGGAGUUAGAGGCGAUUUAUCAUAUACGCGGUAAUGAGAGCUGAUGAUUUGGUGUUACGUCCAUGGGUUAAAAACUCGAGUGAAUAAUGACUUUUUUGUGCUGUAUGCCUUUAGGUAGAAA